AUGGGCGACUGGAGCUUUCUGGGGAAACUUCUAGAGAGCGCCCAGGAGCACUCCACGGUCAUCGGCAAGGUCUGGCUGACGGUGCUGUUCAUCUUCAGGAUCCUGGUGCUGGGGGCGGCGGCGGAGGAGGUGUGGGGCGAUGAGCAGUCGGACUUCACCUGCAACACGCAGCAGCCGGGCUGCGAGAACGUCUGCUACGACCGCGCCUUCCCCAUCUCGCACAUCCGCUUCUGGGCGCUGCAGAUCAUCUUCGUGUCCACGCCCACCCUCAUCUACCUGGGGCACGUGCUGCACCUGGUGCGCAUGGAAGAGAAGAAGAAAGAGGCGGACGACGGCGCGCACGGCAGCAGCCUGGAGGGGAGCGCCCUGGCCGGGACGUCGGAGGAGGGGGAGCAGGCGGGGACCACCGCGGCGGAGACGCCCGCCGACCCCGGCCGCGCCAGCAAGGCCAGCAGCGGUCGCGCCAGGCCGGGCGACCUGGCCAUCUAG